CGUACAAAGAGGACAUGCGCAGUAGGACCAUAAACGAAGCCGUUGUUUGUUGGCUUUCAGUUUAAUAUCAGUGAGGGCUUCAAACGUUUACAGUCCUGUUUUUUUCAUAUCAAAGCAGCUCAGCUAAACAAUAAAGUUUGUCCUUGUUAACUUCUACUGCAGCCGCUGCUAGCUUCCUCCGUGCAGCAUGUUUGCCUCCCAAACCUCGUCCUUCCAAGAUUCAAUCGACGUGGAGGAGAGAGAUGACUUUGACAGCGAAGAAAUCGCUGGAUACAACCAGAAGAUUCAGCUGAACUGCUACUACACCAUCUAUCUUUAUCAAGGCACAAGAUCUGAGGCUUCUGGGGAAAAUGUGGCAUGGAACCAGAGACGAGCAGACUCCACAACCAGUCAGGAAGACUUUAGCCUCACACUAAUUGACAACAGCCUGCCAUCAGAGGCAGAGCCAGAGCUGCGGACCUACAUUUCAAGGAGGCUGAGCAAAGGAGCCCUGCUUGGAGGCAUGGGCAACAUUGCCACUGUGGAACUCAGUAUUCCAGAGCAGGCCGUCGGCUGCUACUGCUGCCUCCUGGAGCAGGAACGGUCUCCCGAACAGCCGGAUUCCGAUGGAAAUGGAUAUGUCAUCUGCUUUAUGGGAGGGUCUGAAAAAGGACUGAAUUUAUUCAGAUUAGAGCUUGAUAAGUACGUCCAAGGUCUGCACAGCAGCCUGCAAACCCCAGAGCUGCAGAACCUUGAAACAGAGGUGCGCCCCUAUCUGAGUCAGUGGUACGAGGAGUCUGUGAUGCACAUUCAUCGAGUGGUGCAGCUGGUCCAGAGCAACAUCAGCUUCCUGCUUCACGCUGCUCUGAGUCACACACAUGUCGAGGUCAUCAAUUCAGACGAGAGGACGAAGGCUGACGUUUCCAGGUUCAUCAAAGCAGCCAGUUUGCAGGGACUUUCCCAGCAAGACACCACGACCGCUUCUCUGUGCAAGGCUAUAUCAGAGGACGCACAGUCUGCCCUGAUUAUAGACUGCUCCACCAGCCCACCCACACUCACAAAAACUGUCAGUAACCGUUUCUGUGAUGACUGGAUUCAGGCAUUUCUGAAUGCUGCAGAGCGUUGUAAUCCGUUCUUGCUCAGACAGAUUCUGGAGAACUUUAAACUUAAGGCUAUCCAGGACAUGAACAGCUUGAAGCGCUUUGUGCGGCAGGCAGAGAUGAGUCACUACGCACUAUUUCGCUGCUGCCAGUUCCUGCAGGGCUGCGGAAACGGGGACGUGCUCCUGCAGAACGCCCGGGCUGAGCACAGCGACCUGCCCGAAGCCUGCAGCAUCAUCACGGUCCUGGAGGAGUUCCUCAGGGAACAAUCCCAGGCCCAAGCGUGAUCCCCGACCGACGUGCACUACCAGCAAACCUCACACUACAAUCUAAAAUAUCAGAUAUCCUGAGAGAAUCGCAGCUGUCGAGGCUGCUGUGUAAUAAAAUGUGUAAGUUAUAAAACUAUGUUCUGGAGACUGGUUGUCAGACUUGGAAGAUACUGUACUGUAAAGCAGUGACAGAUUUAGUAGCAUCACUGUAUUAACAAUGACAACUAUUAACGCCAGCUGUAAUUCACAAAUGAUAACUUUCUAAGGACAUUACCUCAGUGAAGAUAAGUACAAAUUGAAGAAAAACAGAUUGUUUAAACUGCAGUUGUUGAGUGGGUAGUGCAGCUUGUGUUGUGUAUCACGAUACUAUGAACCAAAUAUUAUUUCUGGUAUUUUUGCUAACUGACAAAAUGACAACAGGGCGUGGAGUGUGGCUUAUUUAAUUCUAUUCUUAUCAAUUCAUUAAUAUUUAGAAUUUAUUUUGACUCUAAGGGGGAAAAAAAAUUACUGCGACUGCACAAAUCACUUUUUACGCAUUGCUUGUUACAUACGUGCGCCUUGUUUUUGCUUGUAUUUCAACACAAUAUAUGCACUACUAAAUUAUUUUAAUGAGUAAGGAUACUGUGUAUGUACCAACUGUAUGUUUAGUCUUAUUCUGGUAACAGAAAAAAAUUAAUUGUCGUACUUGUAACGUGUGAAUAUUGUUUACAUUCAGUAUCACAGCCUUCAUCAGCUCACAGGCACCACGUGACCGCUCGCUACAUCACUGAACUGAGUGCGUGGCGUUUAAAAAGUUUCCCACAAAAAAAAAAAAAAUGAAAUAAAUAAGAGAUUAAAAAUACAGAUUUGACAACAAGCUCAUGGUAAACUUUUACUUUCUUUCCUUCAUUUAAAGUGUUUUAGCAUUAAGCUCAGAUCAUUCCCAUUAAAUCAAGUCCAAAGUGUGUAAUAGAGCAAUAUCAGUAAAGUAUAAUGGUGUAUACUUUUAAACUGUGAACCAGGUUUGACAUGUAAAAUGAAUUGUUUUUACUUUUGUGAAACAUAGUGUGACUGACCCUGCAGUUCUUCUGUGUACACAUUUCUGUACAGCAUGUUUUCUCUACCUAUAAAUAUGUGUUUGUGGUUCUCUGGUCUUGUAUAGAAGGAGUAAAUAAAUACCACAGUUGAACCUC